UUCAUCAACUCAGGAUCAACACUCAUCAGCCAGCCAGAGCUCACCGUCGCCGCCGGAAUUUGACUGACAGAGGGUGCCGUCUCCGAACGUCUCUGCCACUCACCCUCUUCUCCUCGCCGUGGAAUCUCUGCUCGGAGCUCUUCUCGUUGCCGUCGCGAACUGCUCCUGCUCGUCUGUCGUCUCCUCGCCGUAACGAGCUCUGUUCCCGGCGUCCCUCUCUUCAAGCUCUCUCUCUAUCUCUACGAGGUCACUGUCAGCGCCGUGUUCCUCCGAGCUCACUCUGUCACCGCCGUUCCUCCCUCGGCGUCUCACCGUGCCUCUUUCUUCUCUUCGGACGGAGCUCCCGCGCUCAACACAGUAUUCUCCAAAUUCCACCUCACUUCAAAACUCCUCUCUCUCCGACUCCGAUUAUGCGAAACCUUUUCCAUUCCUACAAAUGAGUGCAGGUGGCGCAUUUGGUGGCAAUAGAGGGCUCCGUCCAGUGCCUCCUGAAAAGGGUAUUUUCCCAUUAGACCACAUGCAUUUAUGUGACCUGGAGAAGAAAGAAUAUUUGGGUUGUCUGAAAACUGCGGGUCACCAGUCUGAAAAAUGCAGGGACUUCUCAAAAAAGUACUUGCAGUGCCGAAUGGAAAAGAACCUAAUGGCUAAGCAGGACUUGGCAGAACUUGGUUUUAAGGAAAGAAAUGGAGAAACUCCUGAAGGGAAACCCACUGAGAGGAUUGAUAAUUUGAAAGACCAAUGAACCCAAAGAUUUAACAAUGUAUAUUACUUUUGGGAUAAGUUUGGCAAUGCCAUUUCUUUAGUUUGUCAUUCGAUUCCUCUCGUGAAAAUUUUACAAAACCAUGUCAUGCUCCAAUUUUCACCUUUGAUAGAUGGAGUCAAGUAUGGGACCGAUAAAAGUAUCUAGUUCAGUGGUAAAAACUAACACAUGAUAGGGUCUUGUAAAAUUUUCACACGAGAGGAUAAACCUGUAAGUUAGCAAUGGUAUACCGAGGAGAGUGUGGCUGGGAAUAAAAAUUGAUGGGAAAGAGUUUAUCCCAUUAAUGCAAAGUGGUAGUUGAUUUGAGGAUCUUGCUCCUGAAAACUGAUGUAGUCUGGGAAAGGCAAAUGAUAGGUUUUUUCUGAGUAUCAAUUUUGUACUUCAAGUUCAGAACAAUUUUGUACCGAAUAAGAUGUGUUUCCAAACAAAUUCUCUUGUCGUUAUCCGGUCAACGUUUGU